CGCUUAGCAUAGCAUAAGAAUUAGAGAGAAAAAUGUUAGGAAGAGAAUGCCACUCAAACCCGCCAAUCCUGAAUUCCUCAAGUGGUGUUGGCUAUGUUACCAAUAUUGCUGGUCUUAAUUCCUAUGUCACUGGUUCCCCUAACGCCAUCAUCCUCAUUAUUCUCAUCUCUGAUAUUUUUGGAUAUAAAGCACCACUUUUCAGGGAGAUUGCAGACAAGUUUGCAGCUAAAGGUGGAUAUCGUGUCUACUGUCCUGACAUGUUCAAUGACGAUCCCUUUGAUCCCGAGAAUGAGAACAGGCCUUUACCUGUUUGGUUAGAAGAUCAUGAACCGGAAAAAGGUUUUGAAACUGUAAAACCCUUUAUUGAAGCCUUAAAAAGUGAAGGUGCUUCUUCUAUUGGAGCUGCUGGUUUUUGUUGGGGCGGUAAGACGGUGUCUGACCUUAGCAAAUCUAAACUUCUUGUCCAAACUUCUGUGCUAUUACAUCCAGCAUAUGUCGAGAAGGAUGACAUCAGUGCCGUUGAGGUUCCAAUUGCUAUACUUGGAGCUCAGAAUGACACAAUUACUCCUCCAAGUACUAUAAAACAAUUUAAGCAAGUCCUAGAUGCUAAACCUGAGGUUGAUAGCCUUGUAAAAAUAUUUCCUAACGUUUCACAUGGUUGGACUGUGAGGUACGACACUGAAGAUCCAGAAGCUGUGAAGGCUGCAGAUAAGGCUCAUCAAAUCACGUUACAUUGGUUUGAUAAACAUCUAAAAUGAGAAAUCUUAUAAUGUGAUGUUUGAUUGUAAUAUUGUGUACCUUGGUGGAGGAUGGAAAAUGUUACUCUUCCUCGUAGUUAUAUUCAAUAUAGAAUAAAUUGUCACGACAGGCAUUACAGGCUUUAACAAAAGCCUGAAAGUCCAAUAAGAUUUUAUUAGACAUUUGAAUGGAAUGAAUGGGUUAGAAUGGAACUACCAUUUCUAAUCCUUACUAUCUUUCAUAAUA